AGAAAAAAGUUGCCAAAUCAAAAUGGUCACCGAGCCGAAGUCCGUUGAGCCCAAGGUCAGCACCAAGGAGGCGCAGUGCCCGUCAUCGGACUGCGAGACUUCCCAGCAGGAGCCGGUCUCGCAAGUAAGCAGCCCGAAGGGCGCCCGUGUGGGAAUCUUCAAUGCCGAGGACUUCUUGUCGGGUGCUCAGAUGAACGACAAAAUCAACAACAUCUUGCGCUCGCCCACCAAGCCGCCCAACGGGGUGCGCCAGCGCUCCGUCUACACCAACAACCCAUCGCCGGGUAUCAACAGCGAGUUAACAGCCGCCGCAGUCGCCGCAACAGCUCGGCAACAGCAGCAUUGCUACAUCACCUCAUUGCCCUCUCCUGUUAUUUCAGACCUUCUUAUUUUCCGUCUCGCUCUUUUCCACCAUUGCUCUCUUACUUUCCGACUUUAAUAUUCGAAUUUUCCUUCUCUAUUC